CGGACACUUUCGAAUUGGGCGACUUCUCCUCACUCAUUGUAUUCAAAUGCUUUGGCCAUUCCUUCUGAGUGCCCUGGCCGGCGUCCUGUUGGCCUCCCAGGAAGCUUCGGCCGCCUGCAGUAGCUGGUCGAACAGGUAUCAGACCAACCUCAAGGGAGUUUGCGUCUGCAAUGCAACUCAAUGUGACACAGUCUCCAAAGACUACAAGAGCUUGACUCCAGGACAAGUUGGUGUGUACACAUCGUCAAAGGCUGGCGAUCGCUUUGCGUACAAGGUGGUGAACGUCGACGCUACAGCUGCAAGCAACCCCACGUACACGAUCGAUGUCUCGACGCAGUACCAGACGAUACUCGGCUUCGGAGGAUCCUUCACGGACGCGGCGGCUAUCAACGUGUACAAGCUGUCGUCCACUUUGCAGCAGAUGGUACUGGACCAGUACUACUCCGACAAGGGACUGGAGUACUCGCUGGGUCGUGUUACUAUCGGUUCCACGGAUUUUUCCACGAGUAUCUACUCGUACAAUGACAACCCGGGAGAUCUGGCCCACGAGAAGUUCUCUAUUGAUGUGGAUAGAAAGUCGAACAAGAUCGAUUUGAUCCAACGCGCUCUUCGGACCUCGACGCGUGAUGUGAAAUUAUUUGCAUCUUCGUGGGCUCCUCCUGCUUGGAUGACGACGGAGAACACGACGAUUAACUGUGCGCUCAAGGGCAAACCCGGUGAGGAGUACUGGAAGUCGUUGGCUCUCUACUAUUCCAAGUUUUUCGACGAGUAUAAGACCGAGGGCAUUGAUUUCUGGGCUAUGACGGUACAGAACGAGCCCACUAAGUCCAUUCUUCAGACGUCGGCGUGGCAGUCGCUGCGCAUGUCCGCAGAGGUGCAACGAGACUUUGUCAAGUUGGAUCUUGGUCCUACUAUGGCCAAGAACCACCCUGACCUCAAGAUCAUCGCUGGCGAUGACCAGAAGUCCGGUAUCCUGGACGAACUGGCUCCGUUCGAAGACCCUGAGUCACUCAAGUACAUCAGUGGUCUGGGUGUCCACUGGUACCGCAACUUGGACUUCUUUUUCUUUGGAAUUGGCGGCGACUUCGACAAACUGUUGACGUUCCACAAUAAAUUCCCGAAUGUUUUCAUGCUUGCGACCGAGGCGUGCGAGGGAUUCCUCCCGAGCUGGCUGGGUACAGGCUCGGGUCCGUCUCUAACGGACGCCGACAAGAGCUGGUCUCGUGCGGAGAACUACGGCCACGACAUCAUCGAAGACAUCAACAACUUUGUCACUGGAUGGACCGACUGGAACUUGGUACUGGAUACCGCUGGUGGCCCCAACUGGGCCAAGAACUUCGUCGACGCUCCUAUUCUGGUGGACGAAGUCAGCGGCUCUGAGUUCUACAAGCAGCCGAUGUUCUACAUGAUGGGCCACUUCUCCAAGUUCGUCCCCGCCGGCUCGCGUCGCAUCGAGUUCCCCAAGACGAAGACUCUCAGCAAUUUCCACCGCACCGCGUUUGUGACGCCGGACAACAACGUGGUGCUGCAGUUCUUGAACCGCGACAAUUCCGAUGUCACCGUGAGUGUGAAGCAGACAGACGCUAAAACCUUCACGCUGAACCUGCCGGGUCACUCGAUGCAAACUGUGAUUCUUCCUGCAUCUGACGCCACCAAGAUCCAGUCGUAAGCGUGGAGAGUGAGCUUUAUAAAUCUUCACGUGCCUUGAUACUGGAAAUACUCCUUAUGAAAGAAUGAAAAACUGUUUCUCUUUAAAGAGAAAACAAUUGCAGUGAAUUACUCCAUCUACAUUUUCUUUGUUUAAGAAAACACUUAUUAAACUGAUUAAAUUUUAUCCUUGAUAUGUAGCAGAACCAGUUAAGAGUCCAUCCACUUCACAAACAAUUAAAGUAUCUUCGGCACACCCGUA